CCAUAGGAAAACUGUUAUUUAGAAAGAUAUUACUGCAUUUUUUACAUUAAAAAUUUUGCAAAUAAUGCUUAAAUUUAAAUGCAUCAAUCUUUUUGAUUUAAUAUUCUACAGAAAUGCUGAUGACAAAUUCAUGACAUAGAUUAGAUUGUAAGAGAAUGAUUAUAGACCCUAUAUUUAAUACAUAUAGUAUAAUAUUAUAAAGAAUAAGAUACGCUUGCUUUAUUUAAUCAUAACACUUUAAGCAUGUUCAAAUAGGAUUGCAGUAUGUAUAGUAUUUCAUCUUAAAGUGCACAUGUACAAUAUUUAUAAAGGAGACAGAGCAUGAAAUUGUCCCAAAGAAGAAGCAGAAAAAUGUUAUACUGGCUGAAUUUGCUCGUAGGCAGAUAUAAUUUAAUUUUCACAAAAAUGGUAUAUACUAAAUUAAGGAAAUAUGAAUUUAAAAUACAUAGAAGAAAACCAACAAAUGAAAAAACAUAGCAAACUUUUAUAUCGAUAUGGAUAUUUUCUAUCAAUGCUGUUGUGUAUGAUACUUGCCUCUAUUAGACCACACUUUGGCAAAACAAAUGGUAUUUCUACUGUAUUUAUCAUAAGGCAUUUAUAUUGUAAAUUUUUAUCAUAUAUUUUAGGUAUACUUAAUGGGAACAUUAUCAUCCGAUAUUUUGCUGUGCCUUUAACAUAUCUGGAAGCAGGUUUAUUAUGUGAUCCUAAAUCGCUAUAUUCAACAUUAAAUAAUGGUUCCCUUCUAGUAUUUACAAUGAUUUUUAUAUAUAUACUAAUGCCCUUUUUAAUGAAGAUUGGAGUAUAUUUAUUACUUUAUGCUGAUGUUAAUAUAUGGCUGUUAAAGGGAAUGGAGGUACUUUACUGCAUGCCACCUCCAUUCAAUACAAGUUUUGUUCUAUGUCGAUUAGCAAAAGCAGAUUUGUCAACAAGUAUUGUAAUAACAUUAGUUUCUCAUUUUGGAGGGUUAUUUAUAUCCCCUAUAUUAUUAUAUUUUGUGUUAGGAGCAUCUACACCUCCUCUGGUUGGUGUGAACAUUAAAGAAACUAUUUAUAGUACAAUUAUACCAUUACUUAUUGGUAUUGCAAUUCAAAUUAUUAUUUUAAAGUAUGAUUUUUGUUUCAAAGUUAAGUCUCCAUGGUUUUCUCAAGGGCUGUUAUUAGCUACAGCAUAUCACUGGUUUUGUGAUGCUGUUUUAGUGGAUGCAUCAUCAUUACAAGCUACAGAUGUAUUAUUAUGUGUAUUAAUAGCUUGCGUGGGACAACUCUUUGUUAGCUGCUUAUGUUGGAUUUUGUGCUCUCAAUGGUUGCCUCGGGAUAUUGUACUAGCUACACUUUUUACAAGUACUCACAAAUCAGUUGGUCUUGGCAGUUGGAUUUUACGUGGUGCUUAUCAUGGUUCAGCCCAUAGUUCAGCAGUGAACUUACCAUUGUGUGUACUACCGGUUGCACAAUUAUUGUUGGGUAGUUUAUUAGCUAGCUGGUUAUCUCCGUAAUGUAAAAAGUCUUAUGUGACAAACUUAAAUGAUGUUGUAUACAUUUUAUUUUUUGUUUAAAAUUGCAUGCAUAUAGCAUUUAUUUUUUUAAUGUAAUUUAUUUUUAAUUCUCUUAUGGGAUUUUUAAUACAUGUCUCAAUUCAUUGCUCUCUUAAAAUAUAGUACAAAAAGUACAUGUUAUUUUUACAGUAAUUUUGAUUCUGAAAUACUGUACAAUAUUUUGCUUAACAUUAUCGAAGUAUGGAACCAAGAAACAAGUGAUUGUUUUACAUACUACGUUUGCUACAUUGAAAACACACUUCAUAGGAAUGGAGUAAAAACUUUAUUUUCUUCUUGACUGAAUAAAUAAAUUUUUUUUCGUUCUUGUUGAUUCAA